AUGGACGACUUCCAAGACUUCCAAAAGAGCGUCCAGAGCGCCCUCGUGCAGACGACGCGCAGCACGACCGCCCUCUGCGCCGAGGACCUGGGCUUCCACCGCUCGCUGGAGCCCAAGCUCGGCGCGGCGCUGGACAAGCAGAACGCGCGCCUGCUCUCGCUGGCGGAGCGCCUGCUGGGGUCCGCGGCCGCGGGUUCCGAAGUCGUGGGCCCCAAGCUCGACGACCAGGACGCGGUCGAUUCCGGUUGGAGGGGGGUCGUGGAUGUCGUUGACAGUCUGCUCGAGCGCGCUGAUACGAGCUUGGAUGAGUUUACCGGCAUCGUGAAGCGCUUGACGCCGAGCAAGGAGCAGUCCCCGGCCCCUGCGCCCAAGUCGAGAGGCGGGAAGAACUUUAGGAAUCAGGAUCUGCCGAAGCCUCAGGCCUUGUUCGAGCAUGUCCCGACGAACGAUGCGACGAGCCCUUGGAAGCCUCUGAUCACUUCAAAGCCCCAUGCUACCGUUCCCUUUGAGCGGUCAUUCAAUACCUAUACCGACGAAUAUGGCGCUGAGCACUUCCAACACCCUUACCGGAAGGAGAUCGAAGAUUACCAGUAUCCCUCCUCGGUUUACACCAAGGCCGACCCGAUUCCCUACCAGCCAUUCGAGACCACCACCGCUACCUUUGUUGAUACUCCAGAAGCAUUGGACGAGAUGCUUGCAGAGCUCAAGAAUGCCAAGGAGAUCGCAAUUGAUCUGGAGCACCAUGAUACCCGCACCUACAUCGGUAUAGUUUCUUUGAUGCAAAUCAGCACCCGCAACAAGGACUGGAUCGUCGACACUCUAAAGCCUUGGCGGAGAAAUCUGCAGUGCCUCAAUGAGGUCUUCACCGACCCCAACAUCGUGAAGGUUCUGCACGGAGCGUACAUGGAUGCUAUCUGGCUGCAGCGCGAUCUCGGACUCUACCUCGUGGGCCUGUUUGAUACUCACCAUGCAGCGCGGGCGUUGGGAUACGCUGGAGGUAGCCUUGCAUUCCUUCUGCAAAAGUUUGUCAACUUCAACGCGCAGAAGCAGUACCAGAUGGCAGACUGGCGCAUGCGGCCACUCCCACAGGAGCUCUUCGACUACGCCCGGUCCGACACCCACUUCCUUCUCUACAUAUACGACAAUAUGCGCAACGAACUGGUCGACGAAUCCCAAUUUGACAACCCGGAACAAGACCGCAUCCUGCGCGUCCUGUCCAAAUCCAAAGAGACGUCCCUCCAAACGUAUGAAAACCCCAUCUACGACGCAAAGCACGGCAGUGGCCCGGCGGGGUGGUACAAAGCGCUCUGGCGCAACCCCAACGCCUUCAACAAAGAGCAGUUCGCCGUCUUCCGCGCCGUCCACCAAUGGCGCGACGCGGUCGCGCGCCAGGAGGACGAGAGCACGCACUACGUCAUGGCCAACCACGCGCUGUUCAGCGUCGCCCGCGCGGUGCCGGCGGACAAGGCCGCGCUCUUCACCGUCGCGCAGCCCGUGUCGCCCGUCGUGCGCCUGCGCGCCGACGAGCUGGUCGGCACCAUUGCGCGCGCCAAGGAGGCCGGCGCCGAGGGCCCGGAGAUGUGGGAGGUUUUUGCGAAGGAGAAGACGGCGUUGCCGACGGCGCAAACCACCGCCACCACCACCGCCGCCGCCCUGGUCUCUACGCAGCAGCAACCGCUUUCUUUCGCCGCCCCCGCUACGAAGCCCGUCGUCAGCGACGCGGCGCUCGUGCGCGCGGACCGGUCGUCCUUCUGGGGCAAGGCGUUCGCGAGCAGCCUGUGGCAGAACGCGCAGCAGCACAAUAAUAACAAUGGCGAUUUCGUUUCGCCCGCCCCCGCUCCCGCGCCCGCGAGCAUCCGCCUCGCCGUCCCGCUGCCCCCGCUCACGGCGGAGAUCUUUGCGGACCCGGCCGACGCCACGGCGGCGAAAGCUGCCCAAUCGCAAAACAGCAACCCGGCUUCACGCGCCGAGCACGCGUUCGUCAAGGCGGAGGACAGGCCGGCCAAGAAGGAGGGCGACGACGGCGUUAUCGUCAUCAAGCAGCUCGGUGGUGGUGGCAGGAAGCGGAAACUUGCGGAUCUGGCGGCGGAGGCAGAGGAGGCGGAGGUAGAUGCGGAGGCGGGAGGUAGCGGCGAUGGCGAUGGCGACGGGGAUGGGGACGACGACAUGCAGAUGCAGGACGAUGUCGUUGCACUGCCGCUGAGUCCAAGGGAGGAGAAGAGGGCGGCGAAGGCGGCGAAGAAGGAGGCGAAGAAGGCGGCGAGGCAGGAGGAAAAGAAGAUGAAGAAGAGGGAGAGGAAGGAGAGGAAGAGCAACAACGAUGCGGAGGGUGAUCGGGAUGGGGAGGGUGAGGGUGAGGGGGAUGGCGAGGGCGAGGGCGAGGGCGAGGGCGACGAGGAUGGCGAUGGAGAGCCGUUCGAUUACGAUGCGGCGCCGUCGGUCUUGCACGCGCCGAAACAGGACAGGAAGGACAGGAAGAAGGGGAAGAACAAGAAGAAGGAGUUCAACCCGUAUGCCAGGGCCGCGGACGCGCCGAAGGGCCUGGGAAGGGUGCAGAAGGAGAGGGCCGGGAGGACGGCGACGUUCAAGGACUAA